UGUUUACGUAUUGUCUAUGUCUAUUUUUGAUUAGAAGAUUUAGGUUAUGUUUGUAAAACUGUAUUCACUAAAAAUAUUGUAACAAAAUAUCAAAAUGUUAUUGGAAACUAUUUUUUCUUUUAUGUUUCUGUAUGUUUUAUCAUAUUCACAAGAGAAUGAUAUAAUUGUAGCAGGCCCAGGCCUUGAUCCAAUAGGAAUUGUGAUGCCGGCAAGAUACUUUUUCAUAAAUUUUACUCAUAUCAAUACCCAAUCGUACACUCCAGAAUUGAAUAAAAAAUUAGUAGUUGAAAUAAAUGGCAGAUCAAGUGAUGGCAAACAUUGCCGUGUUUGGGUUAACAAGUUAGACAGGAAAGACGGAACAUUUAUUGUACGUUAUAAAAUUUAUGAAACAUGCUUAGAUUUGUCUAUUCACAUUUAUUAUGGUAAAAAAGAAGUCGCGAAAUCGCCAUACAAGAUUAAAGGAUUUAUUUAUGCAGAUCAAUGUAACUGUCCAGAAAACGAGUUUCAGAAAUGGUUUAAAAAUUAUGGUUGUCAGAAUACAUAUGAACAAAUUAAGAAAGAUCUGAAACAAUUCCAUAGCAUAAACAUGACUGAGGAGUUACCAAGGAUUAUUAAAAAAUAUCAUCAACCAGAAAGUACUAGUUUUUGUCAUUAUGCAAUAAAACAAAAUGAAUUGUAUAGAAAUUGUUAUGGAAAGCAUGUAGGCUUUAAUAUGUUUUCUGAUAACAUUUUAUUAUCUUUAAUGAGAAAAGUUAAAUUGCCUGAUAUGGACCUGGUGAUAAACCUAGGUGAUUGGCCUUUAGUCCACAGGAAAGAUAAGCCACUACCAAUCUUUUCAUGGUGUGGGAGUGAUGAAACUUAUGACAUAGUAAUGCCAACUUAUGAUUUAACUGAAUCUGCAUUGGAAAACAUGGGAAGGGUGACUUUAGAUACCUUGUCAGUCCAAAGUGGUGCGGAGAUUGUGUGGAAGGAGCGUGAGCCACGAGCAGUUUGGCGUGGUCGUGACUCACGUGCUGAGCGUUUGAAACUUAUUGACAUUGCACGAGCCAACCCAGACUUGUUUAAUGCUUCUCUUACAAAUUUCUUUUUCUUUAGAGAUAAAGAGGCACAAUAUGGACCAAAACAACCUCAUAUAUCAUUCUUUAAAUUUUUUGAUUUUAAAUAUCAAAUUAAUGUGGAUGGCACCGUUGCUGCAUAUCGUAUGCCGUACCUGUUAGCAGGUGGAGGUUUAGUUCUAAAGCAACAAUCUCCUUAUUACGAACACUUUUACUCACAACUAGUGCCUUGGGAGCAUUUUGUACCAGUUAAAAGAGAUUUGUCCGAUUUAGUCGACCGCGUGAAAUGGGCGCGCGAUAAUGAUGAUAAGGCACAACAAAUAGCUGUGAAUGCAAGGAAUUUUGCAAAUAACAAUUUGUUGCCGCAAGACGUUAUUUGUUAUCAUGCGGCAUUAUUUUGGGAAUGGAGCAAAAUUAUAAAAAGUGAAGUGAAUAUUGAAGAAAAUAUGACUCAUGUACCCCAGCCUUCAGUUACUUGUGACUGCAAACCCCAAAAGCCAAAUACUCAUGAAGAUCUCUAAUUUAUAAUAAUAGUUUUACAUAACAAUAUUGCCUUAAUCAAACGAACAAAACAUAUCUAAUCUCAAUCAGAAUCUAGAUAGGUAGUAAAAGUAAUUUAAUUUAAUAGAAUAAGUACAAAUUUUAUACAUACAUUUACUUUUAUUAAUAAAUAACAAUAAAGAUAUUUUAUGAUGUAAAUUCAACUUUAUAUUUAUAAAAAUCUACAAUGAUGUCUCAGUAUAAUGUUUAUUUGGUGCUAUAAUAGUGAUAAUGCAGACAUGGAGUCUACUAAUUAACUUUGUCAUUUUACUUAUAUCAAUUUGAUAUUUCAAGUCGUCCAAAUAUUGUUAUUUAGAAACAUAGUAUCUUUGAUAAUACUGAUAUACCUACAUUGACAAAAUAAAUAAUAUUUGUAUUUUUUGAAAUAAGUUAAUGAAUCCAGUUACAUUAAUUACUUUGGAUUUAGUUAUUUGACACUAAUAUGCAUAUUUACUCUGUUUACAGUAAUAUUACUAAUAAUACAUAUAUACAUUUGUAUAUGUCUUUUUAUUAUAGUUAACAAUGUAGGUUUAGUGAAUAAAUAGUGAGGUGUGUGGGCCGACUACCGGUACAUGGCGACGUCGGGGCUGCGGUAGAAGCACAUGUAGGCGUCGGCCAGCAGACGGCGCGCGUGCGCCGGCAGCGGGCGGUCGGGCGGCGCGGCGCGCGAGUCCUCGCCCAGCCACGCGCCCAGCUCCGAGAUACACACGAUCUCCGGGAUGUUGUAGCCGUUGCGCUCUCCUGGUGCAGUACCAUGAUCGUUAAUACAUAAUUUAUAUACUUUGUCCAGAAAUGCGAUUUCAAAACCUCGUGGGACUAAAAUGAAAUGUUACAUUCCAAAGUUACUAUAUUUAAUAAAAUUAUCGAAUAUUAGU